ACACUAUGCUUGCAGAACUCUGGUGAGGGGUUAAAAGGGGAGCUCCAACGGUAGACUCUGGUCUGGAAUUGAACCUCAAUGCAGUGUCUAGAGCUUCUGGUGCAGGGCCUCGGUUUGGGGAUGAUACUAGGUGGGGUUAUUCACUUCGUUUGUCUCCUGAAAUCUCAUGCAGCCUACGGCCGCUACGUCAAUGCUUCUACCGACUCUGUGAUGGUGCCCGCGAGGCUAGCCUGGUUCCUUCAGGAGAUACCUGCUUUUCUGGUGCCACUACUUUUGUCGCUGGUCACAGAUGGGAAUCGGGGCUAUAAGGAGCAAGUGAUGCUUUGGGUCUUCUGCCUGCAUUACUUCAAUAGGAGCUGCAUCUACCCUCUGCGGACCAAAGGACGGCCAUAUCCGUUCAGCAUCAUGCUGUCAGGAAUCGUGUUUUGUUCUAUUAAUGGCUUCUUGCAGGCACACUAUCUGUUGCACUGUGCUAAAUAUCAAGAUGGUUGGCUCUCUGAUGGUCAUUUCAUAGCUGGUUUGAUUAUAUUUUUUAUAGGAAUGGCGAUCAAUAUUCACAGUGAUCACAUUCUUUGCAACUUAAGAAAACCUGGAGAAAUUUCCUACAAAAUUCCUACUGGUGGCUUGUUUCAGUAUGUGUCUGGAGCAAAUUAUUUCGGGGAAAUUGUAGAGUGGCUGGGCUACGCUGUUGCCACUUGGUCUUUACCCACAUUUGCUUUCGCUUUUUUCACCAUAUGCUUCAUAGGCCCGAGAGCCUAUCAUCAUCACAGAUUUUAUAUCGAGAAGUUCAAAGAUUUCCCCAGAUCAAGAAAAUCUCUAAUACCAUUUAUCUUCUGAGGAACCUGCAGAUGAGUAAAGAUUACCAGCAUUUGACAGAGGGAAAGAUUAAUUCUUUCUUUUUAAAGAAACAUCUGUAAAUCUCCUUUUUUAUUCUCUGAAUUAGUAAAUUCUAUUUGUAAAUUAUUGUCAAGAAAAAGAAAUAAGGAAUAUGACUUGGUUGUCAAAUGUAAGAUUGUAAAAGAUUUUAAAUGCUUCCUAUAUACUGUAUAUAAAAAACUUUCCUGCAACACACUUUUGACAGAAGCUGUAGAAGUAUAUUAGUUCACAUCUCUUUCCCUAUGCAAAGAGAGUGCCCAUAUCUACACUAAUCAUCACCGUUUUUUAUAUUGAUGUAUAUACAUAUGUUUAUUACUGUACAUAUAUAGCUCUCACAGAGUAACUGCUGGCAAACUACUGAUAUAAUACUUUAUACUGUAUAUACUGUACAUUAAUCAAAUA